AUGUACCUGAACAAUUCAUCCCAUGCUAAUGAAACACUGCGAUGGACAUCAGGACUGACCAAUCAUACUGAAAUAACCCUGUGGUGUAUUCUACUUGUCUGGUCUCUACUUGGUAACCUACUCAUCAUCGCUGUCGUGUAUUGUAAUCAAAACUUAAAAACGAAUAUGAACUACUUUAUUGUCAACAUGGCUGUAUCAGACUUGCUCGUUCCAUUGAUAGCGAUGCCAUUGAGGAUUUCAAGCGAAACAGUACAUGAUGGCGAGUGGUUAGUGGAGGGUCCCUUUGGUGAGGCACUGUGUAAACUGGUUCCUUUCCUCUCUGAUAUAUCACCACACAUUUCAUCCAUCAGUCUGUUAAUCAUUACAGUCCAAAGGUUUAUAGCUGUUGUUUACCCUUCUCGCAGGCAAAUUUUAACUCGUAAAACAAGAUGGUUUUUUAUCUCUUUCCCUUGGAUCGUAGCCAUGGCUCUCUUCUCUCCGUACUUUUACGCCCUCCGACUGACUAAGAAAUGGGGCUACACGAUGUGCUUUACCUCAUGGUCACCAGCAUUUAACCAAAAGAAAGCUUUUAUAAUAUUCCUGUCUCUAAUUGUAUUAGUGGGCUUUAUCAUUCCUUUGAUCGCAAUCAUAAUCUUGUAUACCAUUAUACACUAUAAACUACGUAAAAGCUUGAGCAACGUCAAGGGAAUAAUUGCAAUAGAAAUGAUACGUUCACGACAGAAGAGAAACAGAAGAAUAUUCUACAUGUCAAUAACUAUAAUUGUAGUGUUCACCAUCUGUUGGUCUCCUUUAGCGAUACUGCAUAUGUUGUUGUGGUUCCGACCUCCUUCCAUAUUUCCAAUGGAUAUUGAUACAGUACAAUAUAUGAUGUUUUCCUUUGUUUAUCUGUGGUGCCUUCUAGCAGCAAUCAAUCCCUGCAUUUAUUUUCUGUUUCUGAGAGACUUUAGACAAGGACUGAAAAGACUUGCCUGCAGAAAAACUACAAAUGAACAGACAUAUACUCUAUGUGUAUGUUGUGUCAGGAAUGUGGCAACAGGUGCAACUAGUAAAAAAGACCCAACAUGUACACCACCUCACAUCAAUACCACUUCAGUCUAGGAUGAACAUCAACACUAGAUGCACCA